UGGCUAAGAUGCUUCCUCCUCCGAGCCAGUCAGUCCCCUCUCGCCCACCUUCUUGGCUAUAUAUUCCUCCUCGUCGUCGCCAUGGCACCUUCACUAGCUCAUGCGCAUUUCGGCUCUCGCCUUCUUCGCCUUCUUCUCCUCCUCCUCCUGUUCUUGAUUUUCAGUAUAUUCAAUUCAUGGAUUCGUGGAUUGAGCAGACUUCCCUGAGCUUGGACCUCAACGUCGGCCUGCCGUCGACGGCGAGGAGAUCAUCGGCUCCGGCGGCGCCGAUUAAGGUUCUCGUGGAGGAGAACUUCUUGUCCUUCAAGAAGGAUCACGAGGUUGAGGCGCUGGAGGCGGAGCUCCGGCGAGCGAGCGAGGAGAACAAGAAGCUGACCGAGAUGCUUCGGGCGGUGGUGGCCAAGUACACCGAGCUGCAGGGACAGGUCAACGACAUGAUGUCGGCGGCGGCGGCGGCGGCGGUCAACGCCGGGAACCACCAGUCGUCGACGUCGGAGGGCGGCUCGGUGUCGCCAUCGAGGAAGCGGAUCCGUAGCGUCGACAGCCUCGACGACGCCGCCCACCACCGCAAGCCAUCCCCUCCGUUCGUCGCCGCCGCCGCAGCCGCGGCCUACGCCUCCCCCGACCAGAUGGAGUGCACGUCGGCGGCCGCCGCCGCCGCCGCGAAGCGCGUCGUCCGCGAGGACUGCAAGCCCAAGGUCUCCAAGCGCUUCGUCCACGCCGACCCCUCCGACCUCAGCCUCGUGGUGAAGGAUGGGUAUCAAUGGCGGAAGUACGGGCAGAAGGUGACGAAGGACAACCCGUGCCCGCGAGCCUACUUCAGGUGCUCGUUCGCGCCGGCGUGCCCGGUGAAGAAGAAGGUGCAGCGCAGCGCCGACGACAACACCGUCCUCGUCGCCACGUACGAGGGCGAGCACAACCACGCCCAGCCGCCGCACCACGACGCCGGCAGCAAGACCGCCGCCGCCGCCAAGCACUCACAGCACCAGCCGCCACCGAGCGCCGCCGCCGCCGUCGUCCGGCAGCAGCAAGAGCAGGCGGCGGCGGCCGGGCCGUCGACGGAGGUGGCGGCGAGGAAGAACCUGGCCGAGCAGAUGGCGGCGACGCUGACGAGGGACCCCGGGUUCAAGGCGGCGCUCGUCACGGCGCUCUCCGGCCGGAUCCUCGAGCUCUCGCCGACCAAGAACUGAUCCAUCGUUAGAACGCCGAUGAACUUUGCUCGAUUUAGCUGAGAUCGAUCGAUCAAUUUACACGGUAAAAUUUUAGAGUUGAUCGAUUUGCAUGGCUUUGAUCGGAGUUAGGCUAGAGAGAGAGAGGAUUAACUGUGUAUAUUUAGUGAUUGAUUUUAAUUAGCUCGCUCUACACGUGCCAAGGUGGCAGUUUAAGCAAAACGUACGAUAAUUCGUUGCAAUUUGUAAUUCAGCUAGAAGAUUAGUGUAUUCAUGGAGAUCUAUUCAGAGUCUCCCAGAUAUAUAUAUAGAGAGAGAGAUAGUAGCAUUGAUGUUAUCGCAUGUUGUUGCGAUUGAACGAAAAAUUAAGAAGCUAGCACAUGCAAAUACUUAAAUUGGAAGAGGAGACUCUAGAUAUGAAUGAGGACGAAAUGUAAUCAACAUUUGCCGGAAUAAUUAUGUAAGUGAAACCAAA